UCAUGCAGGAUAGUCAAUUGGUAGUCGUGUUGCUCUCGAAGCGUUAUUAACAACUCCAACAAUUUUUUUCUACGAGUUUUGCAGAUUUUUUCUACACAUAUUUUCGCGGGAUUCCUUUUCUCGCAGCUGCGUUCUAGAGGAUUAUAAAGAAUAUAAAGUAUUGUGAAGAUAAUUAUUGAUACUUGAAAAUUACACGGCGUUGAAUAAAUUCAAGAAAAGGUCUCUAUUAUUGUCCUAGGAAGAAUAUAUUGAUUGAUCUUAACUUUAUUAAAUUAGAUAUAAUGGAGGUUUUAGGCGAUGAUGAUAAUAAACAGCAAGAAAUAUGUGAUAGUAAACAUGUAACAACUGUGUAUUUGAUAAUUAGACGGAAAAAGAUGACUUUAUACCUCGAUGUGCCGGAGAGUACUCAAGUUAUUGAGCUCAAGAAAAUGAUUGAAACUAUAUUUAAAGUACAGCCACAGGAUCAACGGCUAUUUAUCAUGUUUCUAAACAAUGGUCAUCUUGAAGAAUAUCAGGAAUUAUCCGAUUCUACUGCACAGUUGUUUCAAUGUGGAUUGACUUCAUCAGCGGCAAUGAUAUCGAGUCCUGCAAUAAUUGGUUUAGCUGUACGACAAGAGGAUGGUUCGUUUGAAAGUCUCAAAGUAACACCAUAUUCUAACACAAACUGGCCAAUGCCUCCAAAUGAUGAUGAUUUGGAAAAAUGUAUUGCCUAUAAUGAAAAGUAUGCGAAAAUGCUGGAAGAAUUUCUAGAAAAAGGUCCAAAAAGAACAUUGAAAACGAAAUGAUAUGACAUUGCAUCAAUCGACAAUGAAUUAUGUUUUGCGUUCAGAUGAAAUUCCACAUAAUGCAAAGUGAGAAAAAUGUAUUAUAAUAAUUAUAGUAUACUAUACUGUGUAGUAUAAUAAAUGUACUAUAAACACACU